AUGUCGGUGGUGGCUAGCGCUCAGCUACAUUUUGUCUUUGGAGUGCAGUCCGGGGUGGCUAACAACCUUGCCUAUUUUGAUGAACAGACCAUCAUUUUCCCAUCUGGAAACAACUGUGUUUUCAAUGACAUUCACAGAAAAUGUCAGCGCUUCAUUCCAGCAACCGAGAAAAGUCAAGGUAUGCUGGCCAUGGCCAUCAGCCCUGACCGACUCUAUCUGGCUGUGUCAGAACGGGGCGAGAAGGGUACCAUCACAGUUUAUGAACUUCAGCAAGAUUAUAUAAGGAAGAGGAAGGUACUGAGUGGAGAAGGCCCUUUUCCGGUGUUUGUCUGCAUGGCCUUCUCCCAUGACUCUCAAUACCUGAUUGGCCAGUCAGGAGGACCAGACUGGACUCUCUUUUUCUGGAUUUGGCAGAAGAGUAAGCUAGUUUGCACUGUUAAAACUGGUGGGCCCACCACUCCCAUCUGUAAGGUGAGCUUCAAUCCUCAGAAUAAUACACAGAUCUUUGUGUGUGCACAUGGUGUGUUCAAGUUCUUCAGUUACGCUGAGGGAGCCCUGAAACAGACUAACACCAAGAAGCAGGAGUCCCACCACUAUUUGUCACAUGACUGGGUAUCAGAGAAUGAGAUCAUUAUGGGCACAGACAAGGGGCAGCUCCUGCUCUUCAAGUAUCAAGACCUGCAGUGGAAGACAGACUUAAGAACCACACAGGAAUCUGAAAGAAUAGUGGAGAAGAAGAAGGAAGAAUCUACUCAGCAUCUCCAAGUCACAGCCAUCACUUCCUACUGCAAUGGGUUUGUCUGCUCUGCUGGACCAGGGUUGGUUUAUUUGUUCCAAAAGUCAAAUGAUAAGGACAUCUACAGGAUAUCCAGAGAGAUCCAGAUCCCCUUUGAUCCAUAUCGUAACGAUUGCAUCCAAGCUGAGAAGCAGGAGAUUGCCUCCCUGUGUUUUAGUCCAUCACAGAAAAGCCUGACAAUCAGCACUGGCCUUGGACAGCUAUACACUAUCGACUUGGUAACGUGCCAAUCAGGGAAGGACCAACCCCAGUUUGUAUUCCUGUCCCACUCCUUCCACUGUGGUGCAAUCAUUGGUCUAUCCACGUGCAUUCAGAAACCACUCUUGGCCACCUGUUCUAUGGACCGCACUGUCCGCAUCUGGAACUUUGAGAGCAGAAUGCUGGAGUUCUACAAGGGAUUUGCUGAGGUGCCUCUAAGCAUAGCGCUGCACCCCACUGGACUGUCCAUCCUGGUCGUCUUCUUAACAAAGCUGGUUUGGCUGAACUUGCUUAUUGAUGACUUCAGAACCUUCAAGGAAUUCCCUUUGUCAGGGUGUACAGAGUGUGCUUUCAGUCAUGGGGGACACAUGUUUGCAGUUGUCUGUGGGACCGACAUUCAUGUUUUCUCCACAAUAACAUUUGAAAAUGUCCUGAAUCUGAAGGAUCACAAAAAAAAGGUUCAGUCCAUUGUUUGGAAUGAAGAUGACAGAAAGCUGGUAUCGCUUGACAUGGAUGGUGCUGUUUAUGAGUGGAACACCAUCAGCGGCAAGCUGGAGUCAGAGAUUGUCCAUACAUCUUAUAUGUACACCAGUGUUGCUGUAUCCCCUGAUGGCAGGACUAUCUUUGUUGUGGGGACAGACUUUACCCUAAAAGAGAUUCAUCAAACUAAGAUCCUGACAGAAGUGCUAACUGGUGACAUUGCCUACACAACAAUUGCAUUGUCCCGCUCAGGGAGAGUGCUAUUCUGUGGCACCACUGCAGGGACCGUUUUUGCCAUAUCAUGUACCUCGUUUCAGCAGAAGAACUUCCAGUACCAGGGCCAGGGCCAUACUGCUCCCAUCGCCAAGAUGGUUGUCACAUUUGACGACCACUUCCUGCUGACUGUGUCAGAGGAUGGCUGCUUGUUCAUCUGGAAAAUUGUCUGGGAGAGGUUUGGACUGAAAAAGGACAAGGAAUUGACCUACUUGGAGGAGAUCUUCAUUACAAAGUCUGACUUAGAGGACAAGAACCAGCUCAUGCAGGAGCUAAGGAAUCAAGUGAAGGAGAUUCAAAUAGACAACAAAUUUCAGCUUUGCUUCAAGGACAUGGAACAUGAAAGGGAAGUACGAAAGAUGACUGAGAAGUACACUCAAGAGAUAGAUGGCCUGAAGACAAAGUACGAGGUGCUUACAGCGGAGAAGGAGAGAUUGGAGCUGUUCCACAAGGAGACAAUGGAAACAGUGGUGGAGAAGAACAACAGAGAGCUUCGAAUUUUAAAUGCGGAUACCUACCGGAAGCUGACACAUGAGUAUGAGAUGUCCCAUGCACUGCAGCUGACUUCCCAAAAAAAGCUGGAUGAGUAUGAGUCAAAACUCCAAAGGAUUGAAGAAAGCCAUAAAAAGAUGCUUGAGGACCUCACCAGAUGUUAUGAGUCCAAGCUACAGGAGAACAUUCUUAAGCUAACAGCAAGUGAAGGCGUAGCCCAGCAACAGCAGCAGGAAUAUGAUGUGAUGAAAAAGAUGAUUGAGGAGGAUUCAGACAGAGAAAUCCUGGACAUCCGCUGCAAAUACGAGCACAAGCUGCACGAAGAGCAGACGAUCGCCACCGAGUACCGGGAUGAGACGGGCAUAAUGAGGAAAAAGGCCAGUCAUGUGCAGAAGGAGAUGAACAAUAAGAACACAGAUAUCGAGAAACUGAAACUGGAACUUCUGAAACGUCAGAAUAUCAUCGAUGCCUUAAAGAAGGACAUUUUAGGCUUUAAAAAUGAGAUCAAACUGAGGAACAGCAAUAUUGAGGAAAAGGAGAAGUCCAUAAGCGAUCUGAGGAAGCAGACCACGGAGCUGGAUAAGUCCAAGUUUCUUAUGGACUAUAAAAUCAAAGAGCUGCUGAAUAAAGUAGAGCCAAAUGAGAAAAUCAUUGAAGAGAUGAAGGAGCAGAUCCAAGAGAUGGAGGGUGAACUGGACAGGUUCAAAAGGGAGAAUACCAAGAUGAAGUUGAUAAUAUCGGAGCUCAAGGUGAAAUUGAAGGUCUCAGAUACAGAUAAGCGUCGAGAAAUGCAAAGGUUGAGCAAUUUUCUAUCUCGGAUGUGGAGUUUCAAGUCAGACCUUCACCACUGUAUGGAAUUCAUUCAGGACCCAAAGAGGCUGAAGGAGGGAAUUCUCAAACUACACAGCACCUACCUUGAGCCUUCUGAUGUGGAAUUCAUCCAGCGACUGGAGUCCGACAUGCAAGAGAAUGUUCAUAAGGCUUUAUGUGAGCGGGAAGACAUAGCAAGGAAUGCAAUUAAUUCCCUCAAGGGCCAGCUGGCCAGGGAAAAUGAAGCCCAUCAAAGAGGCGCAAAACAAAAAAAUCAAGAAAAUGCUGCACUGAUUGCUGAGAUGAACACUUUACGGUACAAUCUGAAGAUUCUUGAAGAUCAGCUCCAUAAGAGCCAAUUGGAAUUAAACACGAAGCAGAACCUUUCAGAAGAUGAAGCAUGCACGUUGGCUUCCCCCAUCACUGCACCAGUCAGGCUUCAUGUGAAGAAAGAGCCAGAGAGGACCAGCCAGAAGCAAUCCCAGGAGACUGAGGCCCAUGCAAAGACUAACCAACUCAGACCCCCCAGCAGAGGCGAAGAGACAAAGAGCACACAUCAAACAGAGGCUGUCCUCCCUGGCCCUCCAUAAUCUGUUCGUUUAAAAAACAUUGAUCUUGACGUAACUCAACCCACCAGCAGAAAUACAUUUUAGACUGCAUGUAUCUUAUGGUAAGCAGCAUGGACAUGGGUCAAGUCUAUGGCUUACCAAACAAUGACACAGCGAUUUACAUGCUAGAGGCCAAGAAAUCAAGAAAACCUGUGAUAACUGGCCAGUAUACAUAUAAUUAACAUCUUCAUUAUUUGUGAUCACUCUUGCUAAAUAUCCCAAAAACGUGGCUUAAUACAUUUUGCACAACUUGAAAAAAUAUGCUUGUGUCAGUAAUUACGAGUGCGGCACUUGAUUGAAUAAUUGAACCUGAAGCGCUGGGGUAAUGAGGGAAUUGGGGCAUGUGCACAGAAUGUUAAGAAUGUUAAGGAUUGGCUCUGUACUGGCUGGUGGGUUAGAGCUGUGCACCUGAAUGCUCUAAAUUGGUUUUUGCUAAGGGAUAAAGGGGAAGGGUAUAGCAGAACAGAAGAUAGAAC